AUGGAUUCAAGCAUGAAGUUGAUGCCUAAUAGAGGCAGAUCAGUUUCUCAACUGGAGUACUCACAAGCUAUUGGCUCUUUGAUGUAUGCUAUGACUAGCACUCGUCCUGAUAUAGCUUUCGUAGUGGGAAGAUUGAGUAGAUUUACUCAUAAUCCUAGUAGUCAACAUAGGCAAGCGGUACAUCGUGUUUUCAAGUAUUUAAAAGGAACCAAGGAUUAUUGUUUGUGUUAUUCAAGAUUUCCUUCGGUCUUGGAAGGAUAUUCUGAUGCGAGUUGGAUAUCCAAUAAAGAAGAUCAUUCUUCUACAACUGGUUGGGUAUUCUUACUUGGUGGAGGUGCUAUCUCAUGGGCAUCUAAGAAACAAUCUUGUAUAACAAGUUCAACAAUGGAAUCUGAGUUUAUUGCAUUGGCCGCUGCAAGCAAGGAAGCAGAAUGGUUAAAGAAUUUGAUUUAUGAGAUUCCAUUGUGGAGGAAACCGAUUGCGCCAUUAUCUAUCCGCUGUGAUAGUGUUCCUACUUUGAGUAAAGCUUAUAGUCAAGUUUAUAAUGGUAAAUCGAGACAUAUUGAUGUUAGACAUGGGAUUAUUAGAAAUCUAAUAAUGGAUGGUGUGAUUUCGAUUGACUUAUUGAUUAAGUUUAAUGAAGGAUGGGAGCUCCAGGAGACUGGGUUAAUGAAAUUGUAUGACAAGUACAAGGAAUUAGCUCAUGAAUACAUCAGUUCAAUGGAAACAAAAUCACGAAAUGUUGUGAGACAUGGGAUUGUGAUGCUACAUGAUUGGUUAUUAAACAUUUGA